AUGUUUUGCCAAGUAAAAAAAUUUUGGAAAGAUGCUAUUGCCAAUAUUAAUUAUGAACAACUUCAACAAAUCAAAUGGAAAAAUUGCAGAGCUGCACCAAACUCUGCAUAUAUUCCGACAACAAUAGAACACUGUGCUAACGUUUUAACUCAUGGGGUAUGGGUAGUGCCAAGUAUUUUAGGAUUUUUAAACUUAAUUGAAAGAUCUCAAAAUUUUGCUCAAUUUUGGGCCGCUCUCAUAUACGGAGCUUCAUUGAUUUUGAUUUUUACCGUUUCAACUUCUUUUCAUUGUGUAUUUUUCUGUAGCAGAGACAGACAAUUGAAAGAUUUUUUGCAUAGAUGUGACAGAGCUGUUAUUUACAUAUUUAUAGCAGCUUCAUAUUUUCCUUGGGUUACCCUUCGUUCAUCUCCUGAAGGAACAAUUGCUAAACAUUUGAGUUGGAUAAUUUGGGUUUUAGCUUUCUGUGGAAUUUCAUAUCAACAAAUAUUUCAUGAAAAAUACAAAAGAUUAGAAACAUUUUUCUACGUUUUUAUGGGUGUAGCUCCUGCUUUAGUGGUUUUAAACAAUUGGACUGAUCUGAGUGGAUUUCAAGAACUCCAAUUAGGAGGAAUUUUAUAUGGUAUUGGAAUUAUUUUUUUCAAAUUGGAUGGAGCAGUUCCGUGUGCUCAUGCUGUGUGGCAUCUAUUUGUAGCUGUAGCAGCAGGAAUUCAUUACAGAGCUAUUUUACAUCACUUGUUUCCCCCAGUUGUUCCUUUUAAAAAUUAA